ACUAACCUUACAUAUUUGCUUCAAACAAACUUGGAGAGUACAAUUCAGUGAAAUUUUCCAAAAUCAACACUCGAGUUGAUAAUGGAGGAAGGACCCCCUAAAAGAGGACGGGGUCGUGGUCGUGGAGGUCGUGGAAGGGGACGGGGUAGGGGGAGAGGUCGUGGAAGAGGUAAAAAACCUGUGAAAGUUAUUGAAAGUGAUGAGGAAGUGGAACAACAACAGCAACCAGUGGAAGAAGCUGGGGAUGAAACCAAAACCCAAGAUGAAAACAUUGAAAAUGAAGCACCUAAAAUUGACCUGGAGGCUGAUAUAUCCCAACUUGAGGCUCCAACAUUCACAACAAUCAAUCGAGGUCCACCAGAACCUAUGUUGAGGCUGGAUUGGAAUCACAAAGUGAAUUUAAUGGGUGAAAAAGUAUUAAAUCCCAUGAUUCAUUGCUGUGACAAAUGCUUAAAACCUAUAUUAAUAUACGGAAGAAUGAUACCAUGUAAACACGUAUUUUGUCUUGCUUGUGGUAAACAAGACCAAAAACAGUGUCCAAGAUGUCUAGAAAAGGUAUCAAGAGUUGAACAAACAGGGUUAGGCACAGUAUUUAUGUGUACCCAUGGAGGUACAAGAUAUGGAACUUCAGGAUGUAGAAGAACUUAUCUUUCCCAUAGAGAUCUUCAAGCUCAUAUAAAUCAUCGCCAUGUUUCAAACAUUGUCACUCAACAACCCCAGCAAAUAAUGGAAGUUCCACAGGAGGUUGAACGAGCCCAGCCAGCAAGAACUAAAAGUGAUCCUAGAGGUGGUAUGGUUAUCCCACCUUCAACAAGGUCACGGCCUGCUCCUAUACAGAGUAGUGGUGUACGAACUAAUCUGAUAACAGUGCCAAUACAGGAUACUGCCUUACCGCAAACACAAAUCCAUGAAACACCUCCGUCAUCUCAUGGAUUCUACAACCAGUACCCUCAAGCUACAGGCUACAGUCAGACUUUACCUCCAAUGCAUAUCCCCCCUCCACAACAGACACAAUAUUAUGCAGCACCACCAGCUUACAGUCCAGCCCAACAACAUUCCUAUCCAUAUGUUGUUACAGCUUCACAACCUACUUCUGCUUAUUCUACUACUCCUGUACAAGCUAGGCCUGCGACACAAUUUGAUUACACUUCUGCUCCACCUCCACAAUGGAAUAAUGCACAACAAUAUUAUAGAUAGAACGAAUUUCUUUAUUAAAAUUAUUUAUAAUUAAAUAAUUCUUAUUCCAUUCACUGAAAUAUAAUUUUUUGUAAUAACUUCAUUGUACAUAUUGUUGGGCUAUAACAAAUUAGAAUCUGUAAGAUUAUUCAUAUUAAUUUAAUUGCUAAUUGUUGAAUGAAACGAUAUUCCUUUGAAAUAAAAUAAAUAUAGUAGAAUUUGAAAUUAUUGGUAGUUAAAUUCACAGAGAUCAUUGCAUUGAAUAUAUACAUAAGUAAAUGUUUAUUACUAUGAGUGAAAUAUAUUGAAUACAUGUAAUAAACUAAUUAUUUUAUA